GCGAAAAUAUCUAUAGACCAUGAAGCUACGUCGGCAUGUCAGCCCUCGAUCCAUUGACAUGCUGAGAAUUAUUUAAAGAGAGGUACCACCUAUUAAAUUGAACCCAACUGCCACCCAACGCCACACUGCUCUUUAUAAACACCACACCCCCAUAAGCCCAAUGCGUAAACACAAGCACAAACUUAAGUAUACCCGUUUGGACACAGCCACUACUUGCUCCCGUUUUCCGUAUUGUCCCGGAGGUUACACUUUUAUACACCAACAUGGCCGGCGGAGCAGUUGUCAAGGUGGCGUGCUUGGUGGCGCUGGUGGUGUUCGUGGCGGCGAGCACAGUGCCGGAGGCGGAGGCAGCCGUGACGUGCAGUCUGGUGUCCAGGAACGUGGCGCCGUGCAUCAACUACCUGAGGAAAGGAGGCGUGGUGCCGCCGCCAUGCUGCGCCGGCAUCCGAGGCCUCAAUAGCGCAGCGAGGACCCCGGCCGACCGCAAGGCUGCCUGUGGGUGCCUGAAAUCGGCGGCCGGCUCCAUCCCCGGCAUCAACUUUGGCCUCGCCAACGCUCUUCCCAGCCGUUGCGGGGUCAGAAUUCCCUACAAGAUCAGCCCCACCACUGACUGCAGCAAGGUGAACUGAUGAAUGGAACGAGCAACUUGGGGGCAUAAGAUGCAUGUAAAAGCUAGCAAGAGAAUAAGAGAGAGCUCCACCUAUGCGAGCCCUCUCCCAUUUUCCUUUGUGUUUUAUGGGUGUUUUAUGUAAUUAUUAAUCGCCUUUCCAAAUUCUAUUUAUGUGUUGCUUUUAUUCCAUGUUAUCAGUCCUUUGCCCUACUGUCUUUCUUUCUUUCUUUCUUUUUUUACAGCUUGGUAAUCUUGUCUUUAAAAUUAGAAUUAAUUUAAAAUUUUUGUUUUUAAA